AUGACGCAGUACAAUUUGGCCGUGCUAUUUGGAGCUGAACAGAUGGUAAUAUUAAUUAGAUACUACUUUGACAUUACUUAAAACAUCGUAAAUACGUUGAUAAUCGAACUCAUUACAGGUCGAACUUCUAACCCCGAAACUUAACGAAAUGCGGCCGGGAUCUCAUCUUAUCUUAUGCAGAUUCCCUUUGGCCGAAGAACAAUUGGAUAAGAAUUGGAAGAUUCUGGAUUCAGAAGGUGAAGGAAUUGACGCUGCAUGGUUGUACAGAAGGAACACGACUAUGUAG